AACUCUAAAUCCCAAAUCUGUCCUCGUCGUUCUGUUUGCUUCCCUUGCCAUGUCCCUCGUCUCCCUCCUCCCUCUUCUCUUCAUCCUCACUCUCCUCCACUCCUCCUUCUCUCUCUCCAACUCUUUCAACUACAGCUUACACAUUGAUUGCGGCGGCCACCUGGACUCCACCGACGCCUUCCACACCACCUGGCUCUCGGAUCGCUUCUAUUCUGGCGGAGCCACCUCCGUCGUCUCCGAGCCCCUCCACUUCCUCCACCAGCAAGAUAAAACGCUUCGCUACUUUCCCAUCUCCUCAGGCAAGAAGAACUGCUACUCUAUCCCCACAUCUACUGCCGGAGCCCGCUACUUCCUCCGCACAUUCACCGUCUACGACAACUUCGACGGCAAGUCGCAUUCCCCCUCCUUCGAUGUCUCCGUUGAGGGCACUUUAGUCUUUUCAUGGCGAUCGCCUUGGCCCGGGUCAGUCUCGCGCUCUGGCGCCUACUCUGAUCUCUUCUUUUAUCACGAUGAUUUCGCAGUCGACCUGUGCUUUUACAGUAUUGCCACUGAUUCUCCGGUUAUAGGGUCUCUGGAAUUGACUCAAGUCGACACCAACGCCUACCCAUUUCACUACGCAUACAAUUAUACCACUUACAUUUUGGUUAAUUAUGCGAGGUUUUCCUCCGGUUCCGAUCAAUGGGGCCCUGGGUUCAGUAACGACACCGAUAUUUUCGGACGCUCGUGGCAGUCCGACGCCGAAUUCCGGGUACGAUCAGCGUCCGUUGCUAGUGGAUCGACAAUCAAAGCUAUUUCUGCGAUGAAGAACAUAGUUAACGUGGAAAGGAGCCCGAAUUACUUCCCCGAAAAGCUUUACCAGACGGCGAUUACAGCGUUGGGGAACGGUGGUGGGGUGCUGGAAUACGAGUUGCCCGUGGACGCCAAGCUGGAUUACUUGCUGUGGUUCCAUUUUGCAGAGAUUGAUGUGAGCGUGACCAGCGCGGGGCAGAGGGUGUUUGAUGUGAUGGUGAAUGGGGAGAAGGUGCGUAGGGUGGAUUUGUAUAAGGAGGUUGGGGGUUUUGUUGCGAAUGAUUGGAGCUAUGUUGUCAAGAAUUUGAGCAGUACUACUAUGAGUGUGAGGCUGGAAUCGGUGGUGGGCGCGCCGCUCAUUUGUGGGCUUGAGAAUUAUGCAAUCGUGCCUGUUGAUCUCAAGACCGCACCUGAUCAGGUUGUUGCUAUGAGAGCACUCAAGGCAUCCCUUCGUGUGCCCGACCGAAUGGGCUGGAAUGGAGAUCCGUGUGCGCCUACUUCAUGGGAUGCGUGGGAGGGCGUUACAUGUCAUCCCACAAAGGAUGAAUCUGCACUUGUUGUGUCCCAAAUAGAUCUUGGGAGCCAAGGGCUGAAAGGUUAUAUCAGCGAUCAAAUUGGCCUCUUGACGAACUUGGUAAGCCUGAACUUGAGUUUCAAUUCUUUAGGCGGUAAUAUACCGUCUGGAUUGGGUCAAAAGUCACUUGUAAAACUGGAUUUGUCAAAUAACAAGUUUACGGGGUUCAUACCAGAUAGUCUAACUUCCUCUAGUUUGCAGCUAGUGUUAUUGAAUGAUAACUUAUUGGGAGGGCAGGUGCCGGAGGAACUUUAUUCAAUCGGGGUUCAUGGUGGAGCCAUAGACCUCUCCGGUAAUAAAGCAUUGUGCGGUGUACCUUCAUUGCCGGAGUGUCCAUUCUUUUGGGGGAAAAACGGCUUAUCUAAUGCUGGCAAAAUUGCAAUCGCUCUGUCGAGCCUGGUUAUUUUCUCGGCAGUUUCGCUUGGGACGUACUAUUUGUGCAUCAGGAGGUGGCGCAAUGACUAUGAGUUUGGUCUACCUCAUGAAUUAGUCUCACUUGCGGCAAAGAGAAACAGAUAUCAGAGGCAGAAAUCGUUGAUGGCUCUUGAAAUGGAAAGCCAACAUGCCAAAGGAUACAUGCGAACUUACAGUUUAAACUGAUUAGCGUCUACCAUAAAAGGAGAAGGACAAUUAUGACAGGCUUCAGAUCAUGAAGAUGAUGUAAUAAGAAUCAUGAUCUUGUUGACACAAAGUGGGAAGAGUACGAAGUUUAUGGAGCGCUAUCGACUCCUCCGAAAGUAUGCGAUGGUGACGGCUUUCGUCCCUCUGAGAUUGGAUUUGAGUUAUUGGGAAACCACAUUGUAUCUUAAUUAUACAGCGUAUCUUGGUCAAUGUAUAUGGGCCAAAAGCCGAGACAAAUGCCCGUACAUUUUAUCGUGAUGGUAGUGAAGAAACCACACUCCACGUGUGUUUGAUUUAAA